GGAAAUUAUUUAUAGUUCUUCGAAAAUGUCGAAACCCUGGGGUGGCAGAGGCUCGUGGGCCGCCGAGGCCGAGCAAGAAGAGGCGGAGGAGCGUAAAGCUAUGGAAGCCGCGGCCGCUGCUGAGCCCACGGCUGAAUCGCAGAGUUUUCCUAGCCUAAAAGAAGCUGUUAGCACGAAGCCGAGGAAGAAGAAAUUUACUCUCUCGGAGUUCAACACGGGAUUUAUUCAUCAUCCGGGCGGCGGCGAGUCGGUGUGGGUGCUAGGGUCGGAUUACAACAAGCUGACACCUGACGAGAUGAUGCUCCUUCCGACCCGACCCAAAGAGCGUACCGCUGGAAUGCAGUACGGCCGUCUGGGAGGAGGAUUUUCGUCUUAUGGUAGGUCCGGUCCAUCUGCGGGUCGGGGUAUGCGUGAACGUGACGGCAGCGACGGGUCAUGGGGAUCCGGAAGAAGGCCGUACGGAGGUUUUGAUGAAGAACGACGUGGUCCGCCUUCUAGGGUAUCUGAUUACGAUCAGCCAUCGCGUGCUGAUGAGGUGGAUAAUUGGGCAAUGGCUAAGAAAACAGCUCCUUCCUUUGAUUCGAGCCGGCAAAACCGAUAUGGUGGACUUGGAACUGGGGGAGGUGGUGGAAACUCUAAGGCUGACGAGGUUGAUAAUUGGACGGCUGGAAAACAGUCAAUUCCGGCUCGAGCUUCAACAUUUGGUUCAGGUUUUCGCGACACUGGGCCUGAGCCUGAUAGAUGGACCCGAAGUGGUGGUGGAUUCAGAGAGGAAAGACCUAGAUUAGUUUUGAAUCCUCCAAGAGGGGAAGUGAAUGAGCCAUCCGUUAAGACGAUUAAGCCUAAUCCUUUUGGGGCAGCGAGGCCUAGGGAAGAGGUGUUAAUGGAGAAAGGAUUGGAUUGGAAGAAACUAGAUUCUGAUAUUGAAUCAAAGAAGGUAACUAGCAGGCCUACCAGCUCUCACUCGAGCAGGCCAUCAAGUGCACAAUCCAGCAGGUCUGAAGGUCCCCAGCUGCAAGGAAUUGAAAAUGUAGUUAAGCCAAGGCCGAAGGUCAAUCCUUUUGGAGAUGCUAAGCCUAGAGAAGUUUUGCUGGAAGAGCGUGGAAAGGAUUGGCGGAAGAUUGAUCUCGAGUUAGAGCGUCGUUGGCUGGACAGGCUCGAAACAGAGGAGGAAAAGAUAUUGAGAAAUAGAUAAUCUAAAGAAGGAGCUCCAGAAAGAUUCAACUCCAGAUUCAGGAUCUCUGGGACCUGCCCACUUUACAUGAAGCACUACAUCA